UCUUCCCCUGUGUGCCUUGUCGGUUCAUUGUUGGUUUUUCCUGUCUCCCUCCAUGUCAGUCACGUUUUAAAGGUCCCUGAUCCUCUGCAACCAUGAUCAAAUUGUUAAGUGUUGCCAUUUUUGCCACAUUGUUCUUGGAAAGCCACCAGGGGGUUCCCGAUCCAGAGAUUAUGCCCGCUCCACAAGAUCCAGUGGUGAACCCAAAAUGCUGGACUGACUGGUUUGACAGAGAUGACCCCAGUGGAUCUGGAGACUGGGAAACCUUCAACAGACUUUAUAAGGAUAACCCUGGAAAGAUCUGCCCCAAACCACAGGGUAUAGAUGUCACGACUCUCUCUGGACUCGGUGUGAUCGAAACAGAGGAGGUGAUUUAUAAAAAUGACGUCACUUCAGGAUUCGUCUGCAGAAACCGUGAUCAACCCAGAAGGCAGAGGUGCAGUGACUACCGUGUUCGUUUCAGCUGCCAUCCCCCUUUCUGUGGUGGAGGAGUGUGCUGGACCGACUGGUUUGACCGUGACGAUCCCAGUUACACAGGGGACUGGGAGCUUUUGAGUUACCUGAGGAAAGACAACCCAGGAAAGAUCUGUGAAUACCCUCUGUACAUUGAGGUCGUUACCACGGACACGAUAACCCCAGCCACCUCCACAGGGGAGAACUUCUAUAUCUUCAAUCCGACUCAGGGAUUUGUUUGCCGCAACAAGGACCAGAGAAAGGGCAUGUGCCGUGACUACAAAAUUCGCUUUGGGUGCCCGUGCAAGAAAUAAGCUGCGACUCCACAGCAAACAUCCAACAAGAAUAUGAAGCUUCGAUUGCUUUAAAUGUUGUCCUUUUCUCUUUACCUUUCUAUUUGAUAUCUUACUUUGCCUGAUGGAAGAAGUUCAAUAGACCUUUUUUACGGCAGACAUGUUGACUUGUAGCAGUAACAGGACCAUGAAGCCUUAUCAGCUGAUUAAAACUGAGCUUUAUAUCGGAGUAUGUUUUACGCCUGUACGUUUACCAACAUGUCUUCUGAGUUCAAAUGCCUCAUGCCAUGUGCUUUAUCAAUUUUCUUUUCUUUUUCUAGUGAUUAUGAAAUCAUUGUCUUGUAAUGUAGGAAAUAAAUCCACAUCAAACUGCUAAUAAUGAGCAAA